AUGUCUAGUUUAGCUGCUUUAAAAGAACAAAUUAAACAAGAAUUGGCUAUUGUAAAUGCACAAGAGUUGAUAGAUAACAGCUCCGAUAUUUGUGCCAAUAAAUGUCUCUUCGCUCCAUACUCCAAGAAUAAUGAUCAUUGUAUAGAUGCUUGUCUCGGUAAUUAUCUAUCCGCAUGGAACAUAGUCUCAAAGACAUACAUUAAUAGGAUAAAAGAGUCAAACAAAUAA